AUGGAUUGUUUAGCCUUUAUCGCCUCUCUGUGUCUUGUGGCAUGGAUUUCAUUCAUACCGGGCGGUAUCCAUGGUGCUGACACAGAGACACUUAACGCCACCCUCCGCGGUUAUUUCAGUGACUCUCGACAUCACGAGACAAACCCCGCCUACAAGAAGAGAGCAAGAGACUUCAUUUUUAGCCAGUUCCAGGAGUUCGGUCUACAACCACAGGAGCACAAGUUCGUAAUUGAUCAAUACGAGUUCUACAACAUUAUUGGGAUCCUUAACGGGACUCGAAUCGGGACGGUCGAUGACAAAGUGGUCGGAGUAGGCACGCAUUAUGACACAGUUGCCGACACAAAAGGUGUCGAUGAUAAUGGUUCGGGAAUGGCGGCCAUGUUGUAUGUUGCUAAGCAACUUACAAACGAGAAUAAACGAGGCGUGAAACGCAAGAACACGGUGCUAUUUAUAGCCUUCGAUCUUGAAGAAGCUGCUGACAAGUAUUAG